UCACAUGAUACAGGAAACGAGCGUUACGGUCCAGCUGUUGAAAAACUCUGCUAAUCGACCUAUUGUUCCCGUCAGCAUCAGGCCACCAUGUCUCGCGCCCGUCAGCCCCCGCUGGUCACAGGCAUCUCGCCCAAGGAGGGUGCGGCAUGGACCAAAGUUACCAUCCGUGGAGAAAACCUGGGCACCGGCUCAACCGACCUCAUCGGUCUGUCAAUAUGCGGCCACAACUGCCUGCUGACGGCCGAGUGGAUGUCGGCUAGUAAGAUAGUCUGCCGAGUAGGUCCCGCUAAAGACGACAAGGGAGAAAUCAUCGUCACAACCAAAUCCGGAGGUCUCGGUACCUCCACAGUUUCCUUUAAGCUGCUCAGGCCGGAGCGGAUCGGUAUCCUGGACCAGUCUGCCGUGUGGGUGGAUGAGAUGAACUACUAUGACAUGAGGACCGACCGCAACAAAGGCAUAUCCCCCCUCUCCCUGCGACCCAGCAAUCCACUGGGCAUCGAAAUAGACAAAGGCAAAAUCCCACAGAAAGACAUGGAGUUGACGUUUCCAGGAAUGAGUGGAGACUUCACCAGUGAGAACUUUUCUGCAACCUGGUACCUCAUAGAAAACCAUUCAGGCACCAGUUUUGAGCAAUUGAAGAUUGCAGCCAGUAAUCUGAAGAAACAGGCUACUAAGAAGAAUGAGGGGAGUCUGGCCUAUGUGAAAGGAGGCCUCAGUACGUUCUUUGAGGCCCAGGACGCUCUGGCAGCGAUCCAUCAGAGGCUGGAGUCUGAUGGCACAGAGAGAGUGGAGGGAUCAAUGACCCAACGACUAGAAAACAUCCUCAACAGAGCAAGUGAUACUGCAGAUACUCUUUUCCAGGAGGUUUUGGGGAGGAAAGACAAAGCUGACUCCACACGCAGUGCUCUUAACGUCCUGCAACGUUUCAAGUUUCUUUUCAACCUGCCACUCAAUAUUGAGCGUAAUAUCCAGAAGGGUGAUUAUGAUGUGGUGAUAAAUGACUAUGAGAAAGCCAAAUCUCUGUUUGGCAACACGGAGGUCCCUGUUUUCAAAAAAGUUUAUGCUGAGGUUGAGACAAGGAUUGGGGCUCUGAGAAGUCUCUUGUUGGAGAAACUACUGCAAACUCCAUCGACACUGCACGACCAGAAAAGAUACAUCAGAUACUUGUCAGACCUACACGCUCCAGGUGACCCAGCGUGGCAGUGCAUCUACGCUCAGCACAAGUGGAUCCUGCAGUUGAUGCAGAACUGCCGAGAUGAGUUCAUCAGCGGCCAGAGAGUUGGUGUCGGAGCUCUGGACCUGGAGGGGGAUACCCGUUCAUCGGCCCUCGGCAGACUAGGCCACACCGCGUCUCUGAAGAGAGGGGGCAGUCUGCGAACGCCUCGACCCAGCACCUGGCGCUUUGAAACACCUCAGCAGGUGCAGUUUGUGGAGAAGUUGUCAGACGUUGUGAUUGGUCAGCUGCCGAACUUCUGGAAACUUUGGAUCUCUUACGUUAAUGGAAGUCUGUUUAGUGAGACUGGAGAGAAGUCUGGGCAGGUGGAAAAAUCCAAGAAGAAUGCCAGACAGAGACAGAAUGACUUUAAGAAAAUGAUUGAGGAAUUGACCAGUCGGCUGGUGAAGCUCAUCCGCGGCGCGCUCCUGUCUGCUACCCUGCCGCAAAAUGAGCUGAGUCUUUACGGAGGCUGGGAGAACAAGACGGAACUCACUGGGCCCUGGUUGACACAGAUCAUACAUACUGUCAGGGGUUGUCAUGAUGCUCUGUCUGCACUCGAGAUACCAAAUGAUUUGCUGCAAGUGAUCCAGGAUCUGUUGCUGGAUUUGAGAGUCCAUUGCCUCAUGGUGACUCUGCUGCACACUACAGAAGAUGUCAAGAGGCUUGCAGAGAAGGAAGACUGGAUAGUAGAUAAUGAAGGAAUCACCAGCCUGCCCUCGCAGUUUGAACAGUGCAUGGUCCAGAUGUUGCAGUCACUCAAGGAGCCUCUGGAAAUCAAACCCGGAGAGAUGAAUGUGUUGCUGCUGGACCAGGUACAGGACCAGGCUGCAGAGCUCAGUGUCAGCAUCAUGAAGGUUUUCAUCAACUGUUUGGAGCAGCUGAGCACUAAGACAGAUGGAGACAUUAAUACAUCUCACAGUAUUGCAGUGGAUCUGUCGUCUCCAGAUCGGUUCACCAGGGUUCAAGAGGACUUCAGUCCAACAUCAGAGCAGCGGUUGUUGAUCAUCCUCAGUAACUGUCAGUACUUGGAGAGACACACCUUCCUGAACUUGGCCAAUCACUUUGAGAAGCACGGCUUCACAGGGACAGAGAAGAUCACUCGAGUCAGUGUCGAUGCCGUUCGUGGGCUGGAUAGAAAACUGUUUGAUGCCUACAUUGAGAGACGGGCUGACCCAAUCGCAGGGUCCCUGGAGCCGGGUAUCUACGCCGGAUAUUUUGACUGGAGAGACUGUCAAACACCUACAGGUGUAAGGAACUACUUAAAAGAAGCUCUGGUGAACAUCAUCGCCGUUCACGCUGAGGUCUUCACCGUCUCUAAGGAUCUGGUACCGCGGGUUUUAUCUAAAAUUGUUGAGUCGGUCGCGGACGAGAUGUGCCGCCUUAUGCAGUGUGUGUCCUCCUUCAGCAAAAAUGGAGCUCUGCAGGCUCGUCUUGAACUCUGUGCUCUGAGAGACGCCAUCGCCGCGUACCUAAACACGAAAAGCAAUUCCAGCUUCAAACAUGCUUUGGACACACUCCCUCAGCUGCACAGUGGAACUGACAAGAAGUUACUGGAGGAGCUGUUAAACAAAUUCAAGAGCAGCAUGCAGCUUCAGCUCACCUGCUUCCAGCCUUCAUCCAUCCAACCUGUGAAGAGAUAAACUAUUUUCUGCAUUUGUUAUCGAUGUGCAAUCAACUCAGGAGCCUGAGCCUUAUCUUUUCCGUUAUUAGUUCAGUGUUUACUCAUCACUUUUUCCAAUGUCACUUUCAAUUUCUGCUUUACUGGAUUGGACACAAAGGAAAUAUCUGGCAUCAAAUCUUGUAGACACUAAAUGAGUUGAUUUCAUUGUUACUGUGUAGGACAGUCCCAGUGGUGGUGGUUAUGCUAAUCACAUCAGGCCACUCACUCAGCUAGCAGAUAGGCAGGGAGGGAUGUUUUUUCUAUGUUUUGGGUCAGUCAUGGAUUAUUAAUGUGACUGCAAUUAAUGUGACUUAAAAACCUGUCUGUACUGUGCUACUAAAAAUGUCAAAUAAUAAACUUACUCUUAAAAGUGA